AUGGCACAUGAUGUUUCUGGGCCUGUUCUCGUGGUGGGAUUACUGCUCAAGCAUCGACAACAUGCUCAGCAGCAGUUGCAUGUUAUCAAGGUUGCUGUAGUUCCGAUGGAAACUGCGGAUUUGGUCCAGAAUUCUGUGGUGAUGGCUGUCAAGGUAAUUGUGAUGCCAAAGCAGAAUGUGGAAAGUACGCAGAAACAGCAAACUUUGAUUGCCCCAUCAAUGUGUGCUGUAGUCGGUUUGGUUAUUGUGGUACCACAGAAGACUUCUGUGGAACUGGUUGUCAGAACAAUACCGCAGGAGGUGGUUGUGGAAUUCCCAGGUAAGUUCGAUUCCAAUGAGCCUCAUUUCCGUGACCCAGAGACUUGUGAUGAAAACACUGAUGCAAUGACCUACGAUCGCCGUAUUGGUUACUACGAACUAUUCAAUCUUGCCGAACGUCUUUGCGACCAAGUAUAUCCAGAAGAUCUUCUGGUGUCUCCUUUGACUCACAUCAAUCUUGCUUUCGUCAACUUCGGUGACGACUUCAAGCUCAUUGAUGACUCUGGAGAUAUAAUAUCACGAGUUGCCUUCUUGAAGGCUCGAAAUUCUGGUCUACGAGUAAAUAUCGCUGUUGGAGGAUGGGCUUUCAAUGAUCCUCCAACUUCUACAUAUUUUUCGGAUAUGACAAGCACGUACACAAAUCGUGAGACGUUUAUCAAAUCUGUAAUUGAUUUUUUGAAUAAAUACGGACUUGACGGCAUCGAUAUUGAUUGGGAAUAUCCUGCUGCCACUGACCGAGGUGGUAAUUCUGCAGAUACAGACAAUUAUGUGCUUCUGGUUUCACAAAUGCGUGAGGCAUUCGAUCAAGCAGAUCAGCCUGGUUGGGAAAUUACAAUUACUAUCCCAACUAGCUACUGGUACUUACGUGGCUUUGAUCUCUCUGGUCUUCAGAAGUACAUCUCCUGGUUCAACCUCAUGUCUUAUGAUCUGCAUGGAAUGUGGGAUCAACACAACAAAUUCACCGGUCCAUAUCUAGAAGGGCACACAAAUAUCACGGAGAUCGAAAACGGCUUGAGUCUUCUUUGGCGCAAUGACGUCAAACCGGAGAAUGUUGUGUUUGGCCUUGCUUUCUAUGGCAGAUCAUUUACGAUGAGCGACGCUUCUUGUUCUAAGCCCGGAUGUACUUUCUCAACCAGCGGUCUUCCUGGAAGCUGCACAAAUACUGGUGGUAUUCUAUCUUACUCGGAGAUUGUUUCCCGAAAUAGCUCUCUUGAUGUAUCCACUUACUACGACGAGGCAUCCACAGUUAAAUAUAACGUUUUCGAGGGAAGUCAAUGGAUUUCGUAUGAUGAUGAACAAUCUUUCACCGACAAAAAGCGCUUUAUCUCUAGUCAUUGUCUCAGUGGCGUGAUGAUCUGGGCCAUUGAUCAGGAUACAGCAGAUCACGCCGCCCUAGCAGGACUUCUCGGUGAUUUCUCCGACACCCAAUUGCAGGGUGGAAGUCUUGAUGACCGAACUGCAACAGCUCUUUCGACAGCUUUCAGUGCUUACACUGGCCAGGACUGUUUUGUUACACCAACUUGCACAGAUGGAACGGAUAAGCAGAAACAGAAUGACCAAGUGUGCCCUUCAGGGACUAUGUCUGUUUCUACAGCACAUUCUCCGAAGCAAGCCGCUGGAAAAGAUCUCAAUGGCGAUUGUUCUGAAGGCUGGUUUCGUUAUAUUUGCUGUCCGACGAAAGCCAUGCCCAAAAACUGUGCUUGGAAUGGAGCCCCAGAACGAAGCGAGUUUGGUUGUAGCGGCUCCUGUGGAAGUGAUCAGUUCUCCUUGAAUACUGACGACUAUGUCGAUGCUUUGGGCAAAGGAAGCUGUUACACAGGGACUCGAGAUCUUUGCUGUGAUGCUGCUGAGGUCCUUACCGACUGCUUCUGGACUGGCUGUCAGGGACCAUUAGCCAUUGACACAGUUGCAUCUUGCGGUAGCGAUGACUAUGAGUUCCAAACCUAUCGUUACGAUCAAGACAACGGCGAUUGGUGUUCCGCUGCAUAUGUAUCACCAGUAGAUGGUGCUGUGGGCUCUCCUCUCCAUGAUCGAUUCAAACGAGCAUUCUGUUGCCCUAAGGGUCAUGGGUACAGCAACUGCAACUGGUCCAACCAACCUCCACCAGAUUCUAAGACUGGUAUCGUCACAUACGAUCCGGAAGCCUAUUGCACUCCUCAGCAAUGCAGUAACAAACAGACUCAGGUCACAAAAGCUCUGGAUCCUCCGCAAAAUGUAGGCGUUGAUGAAAGUCAUAUCAGCUGCGAUGGUGUUUCUGUCUCGCCCGGCUACGAUCCAGACUUUUCGUAUUGUUGUGACCCACCCAGCACGUACAGUAACAAAUGGCCUGUUGAUCCAAAAGAUCUCUUCGAGAACUAUUACGAUGCCGAUGAUUCAGAUGUUAUGUGGGCUUAUGAUGAUGAGUAUAAUAAUAACAACGCCGAUUCGAGCCGGUCAGCAUCAGAUACAGAUGAUGGUAGUGAUGCAUAUGGAUUCGUCAUGCUUGAUGGCGCUCCUGGCUCUCUCGACAACGAUUUUCCAGCUACCAACACUAUUGCUAGACGAACGGUAGACAUUCCGAACAGAAAGCAUACGAUAAUGACAACUGAUCAUUCAAUCAUCAACGCUACAUUCGAACACUCCGAGGAGACUGUUUACGUAUACUGCAAUUAUCCUCAAGAUUCACCCGAGUGUCAGAAAGUUUGGUUCAAAGGAGCCGAGGACACAAUCAUCAGGCUACCAAGUCAUGUUGGUGAAGGUCCUUAUGCUCGUAUUGUAUCAAUGGAAUUGGCAGAACCGGAGUAUGAACUUCCGGAUCAUCACAUUCAUUCUCGAUCACUAGAAAGUCUUGACAGUCCUGUCUAUAAACUCAAAUUCGACUACGACUUCCAUCUGAUCAAACGAGAUGAUGUUGUCAAUAUGCGUGUAGAUUUCACAAAUCUUCUCGGAUAUUGGGAUGAAGUUACUGAUACAGCUGCUGAUUCCAAGAAGAAACGUGAGAUGUACUCAGAACAUCUCUCACAGGAAGCGUGGCACGGGAAGAUAAAGACAGCCAAGCGCAAGCACGAUAAACUGAGGAAACGUAAGGUGGUCACAAGUGAUGGUCUGACAACAACGGAAAUGAUAAAUCACGAGGGCAAUACAAACUUGGCAAAAAGAUGGUGGGGAGCUUUCACUGCCUGGCUCGACCGAUUGAACACUGUUGAAAGUAAAGAGCUUGGCUACCUCAGCAUGGCAUUCCAACGAAGUCUUCUUCUUUUCAAGGCUAGCAUAGGAUGCCCGGGAAAGACAUAUUUCGCAAGUUUGAAGAUGUUUUUUGAUGCCAAUGUCGAAAUGGAGGCUACUUAUGCCUACUACUUCUCCGGUACUAUUGUUCCUCCUGCCGUUACUGGUACUUACGCGUACUUUGGAUUAGAACCUAGCGCAUACCUUGGUCUGAGGAUGACUGGAAAUGCACAGUUACAAACGCCACCAGGAAAGUAUCGCAAAAAGAUUCUGGACACUAUUUCAUAUCCCGGAUUGAGUUUGAAGGGUAUCGCAGCCGUUGGACCGACUUUGGACUUGUGGGGCGAGAUCAGAGGCAAAAUCACUCUGAAAGGAGAAAUGUUAGCAGGAGCUACUUUGAAUUUUGAUAAAGCCGAGGUCUUCUGGCCCCAAGAUGAUGCAAGUAGCGAGAAAUAUCAAUCACUUGUUGGAAUUGACGCGAAACCAAGUCAUCCAGCAACAGACCUGGUCACACCAAGUUUUGAUGCCAAGGUUCGAAUGGAUGCAUCAAUGUCAAUCAUCAUCACUCCAGAGGCAAAUAUGGGUAUCCAAAUUGGAGGUCCGUUAUCUUCAGGAACUCUGGUCAAUGCCCAAGUAGUCGGAUUCAUCAACUCCUCCCUAUCAUUCGAAGCCUCAGUAGUCGGAACAGCUGGAUCAACUACUGAUCCUACAUUAACGUAUAGCUAUGGUGUCUAUCUCAUUUACAAUUUGGGAUACGGUGCUGUUGCCUCUGUCAAGGGGUUUGCAAAUUGGGCAGCUCAAAAUCGAUAUGCCUACAGUCCUUCACCAAGAUUCAAGAUCUUCGAGCAAACAGGAUCAUUCAUCAGUACUACUGCUGAUAAGAGAAGCAUAGACUCACCCAAGGAAGAUGACCAUUAUGUUUCACGACGAGGUCUCCUCGAUUGGCCCCGUCUCAAACUCUCUCCUCUUGAUAGUCCUUCAAAGCCCGAUUCUUACGCAUCUCCCUCAUCAUACAAUUCGUCGCUUGAUAUUGAGUCUCUACUUGGAAAGCGGGCAGAUACAGACACUUCUAUGACUGACGCUCCGGAUUUUACUCAAAAUGAUGGAGUUACCUGUCCUGCUGGUGACACUGCUAAAAUCACACUACCAGAUUACCGACUGAACUGCCUAAUCUUCCAAGACUCACAGCUACAGAACCCAAAUACCGGAGCCACCUCGAUUGUUUCCGGUAUCUGUCCACCAGUCCAAAGUUGGUACACCCGUUAUAGUUUCGCCAACAGUGGAGUUACACUCACCUGGGAUCCGAACUCGGGCAGGACAAAUAGUAGACGUGGUGAGACUUGUGACACAGCUCAUUCAUGUAACCCUACUCAGACGGGGUUGCGAACUCUGAUCGGAGACAACACGAUUGCGAUCUCUUGCGAUGAAUUCCCCUUUGCUGGUGCCGAAGAAGGAGGUAAUUUCUACACGAAUCAAGGCAAAGCAGCUUCAGCAACUUGUGUUCCUGCAUGGCAGAAUACUCUUCAAGGAAAUUGCAACAAAAUAUUGAGUCAAUUACAAACCAAUGUCAACUACUUCGAACGAGAUGCCCGUGUAGCUAUUGGUACUGAUAACGGCGCCGAUAACUGGGUAGUCUGGAGUUCUGGCAGAGCUGACAACACUUGGGAGACGAUUGGAAAUCCAUUCAACGGUCAAACAAUCCCUCCUCAGAGACUCUCAAAAUAUCCAACCGCACAACCACAUGCGGCUGUACCCGAUGCAGACUGGAAUUUCAACAAUCAGCUCAGUUUCAUGUACAAGCGUAACUUCACAUUUGGAUUCGCCACUCCAUCAAGUGCAAAAGACGGAGCAGCCUGGGCAACAUCUGGGACAGGAGCCGCGGAAAGCUGGACAUUUGCAUCCACAGGACAGUUCUCACCCGGGACCGAUGGUAACGAUUUGACCACAAUUGCAUGUGCAGUUAAUACCUUCCAUCAAGAUAAAAUCUAUGCCUAUAAUUACAAUGGUCUUUGUUACAACGGUAAAACCAUUGGUGGGAGAGGGUUCGGAAUGAUUCCUUCCUUCACUUCUUGUGAUAUUGAAUUCGCUACUGCGGCUUCUACGAAACGUUCGAUUGGAGAGUUUAAUGGCUGGAAGAUUACAGGUAUUAAGAUGCGUCCUGAUCUUAAUGUUACUGUAGAAAUGCCGGAAGAUUAUGUACCGGAAGGACCAAUGAUCCCGGUAUCAAAACCUUGA